AUGAGUGAUUCUCUUGAAAGUGGAAUGGGUUCCACAAGUAGUACACCUUCUAUGCCUCAGAUUAGGAGUACACAUCAACCCACAAUGGUAGAGAUGGCUGCUAAACAAGACAAGAAGUCAUUAGACAUGUUGAAAAAUUCUUUUAUUGAGAUGCUAAGGGGUGCAUGUGCAUAUGGUACAAGUUAUGUUGUACCUAGUUAUAGCAAUCUUCGGACCAGUUUGAUUACUAGAAAAAAAGCAGAAAUCAUGCAAUAUGUUAGCAACAUAAAGGCGACAUGGGGUAUUAUAGAUUGCACAAUUAUGUCUGAUUCUUGGACUGACAUAAAGAAGAGGUCGUGGGUCAAUGUAAUUGCUUACUCUCCUGGAGGUGCUGUGUUUUUGAAAUGUAUUGAGUGCGGUAUAAAUAGAUUAAUUUCAACAGUUAUUUUCAAUGAAAUUUCUGAUGUCGUUGAAAAAGUUGGACCAAACAAUGUUGUGCAAUUUAUUUCAGAUAAUGAUAUUCACAAAAAAGUUAAAUGGGUGAGGGAAGUUAUAGAAGAUGGAAAACUUGUAGUGCAUUAUAUUCACAGGCACAGAGAUAUUGUAGCAUUGAUGAGGAAAUUCACCAAUAAUAGAGAUAUCAAGCAGUCUUGCAAAACAAGGUUUGGUACUUAUUUUUUUAUGCUGCGGUCUCUUAUUGUUGUUGAGAAUGAGUUGAGGCUUUUUGUUGCAUCAUCUGAGUGGAGAGCCUUUCAAUUCAAUAGAGCUGAAAUGGCAGUGAGAACUGUUAGGAUAAUUCAAUCAGAUACAUUUUGGGAGGAGGCAAAGGAAGUUGUUGCUUUGAUGGAGCCACUUAUUCGUAUUCUUUGCCUUGUUGAUUCAGAUGGUUCUACUACAGGUUACUUAUAUGAAGCAACAGAAAGGGCAAAAGAAACAUUGAGGAAAUUUGUAGAGAAUGAUGGAGGGAAGUAUUUAGCCAUAAUGGACUUGUUUCAAUUUAGGUUAGAGAAUAACAUUAUUCAUCGUGUUCAUGUCUUUGGUGCACUUUUGAAGCCUUCUAUUAUGUUUGGUGGUCGACUUGAUAUUGAUGGAACUAAAUUUAUGAAUGCACAAUAA